AUGUGUGCCGUGUUUGGAGCAUCAAGUCUCGAUCCCAGGAACACUUGUCGAGCUUGCUUCAAGUUCUGUGGGGAGAGCUCUCCCCCCAAAGAAAGUCAACUGGAUGAUGCGAGUCGAGUGAAAGGCUGUGUACCUGCCGUAAAGUUCAAAUUGGGUUCAAAUCCCACCGAAUUUGUGCGACACGCAUCUGAAAUUGCCUGCGGAGUUCGGCUGGCCAGUCCACGCGCUUCAUCUGCGCCUCCCUCUAUCACCCCGCCCGACCUCCGGAGCUCUCACGAGCACAUCAAGAUUCCGAGAAACCAUAAGCUUGUCGGACCUGUUCUGGCCAAACGCAGCAAGUCACAGCCAGGCCACACAUCGGUCCACAAUCUUGCAUCGGCCAGCGGCGGCCUUCACUGUUCAGCGAACUCAAAAGCUUGA